CUGACUCCAGCCUUCAGAUGAGUGAGGGCGGGUUGGAGCUCCUCCUGUGCGUGUUUUACUGUGACGGUUGUAAACUAAUUUAACUCACUUAAUUAGGGCUGAAAAGCUCCGCACAUCACCGACUUGACGACAGAGAAGGAAUACAAGAAAAACACACACUCCGAAACCCUCCCGGGAGAAGAGGGAGAGAACAGCCGCCUGAGCCACCCGGGGAGCGGACACUUAACCAAACAGUCUGUGCAGGAGGAUGGUGGUUCCAUACGAGGGCCAGUCUUUCUCUGCCCUGAAGAGGCAGUGUCUGCAAAGUGGAAGUCUGUUUGAAGACCCCCUGUUCCCCGCAACCGACCAGUCUCUGUUCUACCAGAGCAACCACAUCGGCCAUGUCACCUGGAAAAGGCCGAAGGACUUAUGCAGCAACCCCCAUCUGUUUGUGGACGGCAUCAGUGGCCAUGACCUGAACCAGGGCCAGCUGGGAAACUGCUGGUUCGUAGCCGCCUGCUCCAGUCUGGCCUCUGGAGGGACGCUAUGGGAGAAGGUGAUCCCUAACUGGAAGGACCAGGAGUGGGAUGAGUCCUACGCCGGGAUCUUCCACUUCCGAUUCUGGCGGUUUGGUAAGUGGGUGGACGUGGUGAUCGACGACCGGCUGCCCACGGUGAACGGGGAGCUGGUGUACUGCCACUCCAACGACAGCAACGAGUUCUGGAGCGCGCUGGUGGAGAAGGCCUACGCCAAGAUGUGCGGAUGCUACGAGGCGCUUGACGGGGGCAACACGGCCGACGCUCUCGUAGAUUUCACCGGCGGCGUUUCAGAGCCGAUGGACUUGAUGGAGAACGCCUUCAAAGACGACGAAGAGAAACGCAAUGAGCUGUUUGAGAGAGUCCUGAAGGUCCACGACAGAGGGGGACUCAUCAGCUGCUCGAUCCGGGCGACCACUGCGGCUGACAUGGAGGCCAGGCUGUCCUGCGGCCUGGUGAAGGGCCACGCCUACGCGGUGACGGACGUCCGCAGGGUGAGGCUGGGCCACGGCUUGCUGGCCUACUUCCGGUCUGACAAACUCACCAUGAUCCGCAUGAGAAACCCCUGGGGAGAGAAAGAGUGGAACGGGGCCUGGAGCGACAGCUCUGAAGAGUGGAAGAAGGUCAGUAAGAGUGAGAGGGAGAGGAUGGGCGUCACAGUGCGGGAUGAUGGAGAGUUCUGGAUGACGUUUGACGACUUUAUCGCCAACUUCACGGAUAUCAUCCUGUGUCGCCUCAUCAACACAUCCUACCUGAGCUUCCAUAAGACCUGGGCGGAGGCCGUGAUGCUGGGCUCCUGGCAGCGCCAUGACAACCCGCUUCUCAACCGAGCCGGUGGGUGCACCAACCAAAAGGACUCCUUCCUCCAGAACCCGCAGUACGUGUUUGACGUGAAGAAGCCGGAGGACGAGGUUCUGAUCUCUCUGCAGCAGGAAGACCGCAGAGCCACACUGAGAAAGGGACGAGGAGAAAACCUGGCUAUUGGCUUUGAGAUACACAGGGUGGAGUUCAACAGGAUCUUCCGUAUGCACGUCACCCAGCAGAAGGUUGGCGGGAGCGUCUACAUCAACUCGAGGUCUGUGUUCAGACGCAUUGAGCUGAUGGAGGGGCGGUACGUCAUCAUACCCACGACCUUUGACCCUGACCUGGAGGGAGUCUUCAUGCUCCGCAUCUUCACUGACUUGUCGUCCGACUGCAGGGAGUUGACUCUACAUGAACCUCCACAGACCUGCUGGUCCGGGUUGUGUGGUUAUCCCACUCUGGUCACUCAGAUCCACGUACUGAAUGCGAAUGGACUCGCAGGACAAGACUCUGAUGGAGUGUCGGACCCCUACGUGAUAAUUCGUUGUGAAGGAGAGAAGGUUCGCUCACCAGUCUAUAAAAACACACGCAGCCCCAACUUCGACAUCAAAGGGAUCUUCUACAGGAAGAAAGCCAACCGGCCAAUCAGAAUUGAGAUCUACAACCACAACGCGUUGAUGGACUCCUUCCUGGGUCAGGUGACACUUCCUGCCGAGCCGGGCGAAUUCCAGCAGACGCUCCACCUGAGGGACAAGGGCGAUCACCGCGACAACGACCUGCCGGGAACCCUCACUGUCGCAAUAGUGACCAGCACGUUGCUCACCAACAUCUGAGACACGCCACGGAAAAUAAAAUCGUCCACUCCGCUCAAGUUUUACCGCCCUGUAAGGGUUAAAUAUUUGGCACAAAUAGAGGGUUUACUUUUUGGAAUAUUACUUUCUAGAAGAAUACACAUCCCGCUGGAGGCCUGUGCGGAUCAAACCUGAUGCUCUCGCUGUGUUUUACCUGAGGCCCGUUACAAUACCUGUGUUGAAGGUGGAUUAUCCUAAAAAUAAUAUUUAGCUAGUUUCUAUACACGUUUACAUAUUAUUCUGUAAAAGACACAGGGCAUAUGCCUAUUUCUCAGGUCAAAAGUAACAAUCACCAACUAGGGCUGAUAAUUCAAUAUGAGAAUGUAUCAUCUUUCAAUGUAAUAAUAUUGUGAUGAAAUCCUAUAUCUAUAUCUUGUGAUAUUUUACCCUCAUUACAUUACAUUACAUGUCAUUUAGUUGAUGCUUUUAUCCAAAGCGACUUACAAUAAGUGCAUUAAACCAUAAGUCCAAACUCAGAACAACAAGAAUCAAGCAAGUACAAUUUCUUCAAUAACGUUAAACUACAGAGUACUAUCAGUAAGUGCCAUUUAAGUGCUAAACAACAAGUGCUAUCGGUAAGGGACAUUUAAGUGCUACUACGGCAUUUAAGUGCUACCUAUUCAAGGUAUAGUCUCCACAUUACCACAUUAUUUGUUAUCUAAGGUUAUUCAGUUAAGUCGAGUUCAUUUUAUUCAUAUAGCCCCAAAUAGUAAAUAGGAUAAGCGGUUCGGAUAAUAGAUUAGAUGAAAUUUAUUAUACUCAUUUUGGGGGCGUGGCUUUGGAGGGAGGCCUAAAGGGGGCUGUCGAUGUUGCCGACUUGGCAAAGUGUGUCGAAAAAAGUGUGCAUGUAAGCAUAGUCGGUGUUUAAAGUUCUUCAUGUUGUGUAUCGACCACUACUUAGUGUCAUUUGUAUUCUACUGUCUAUUUUACCCUUUUUCAUUUUAAUGUAUCCUUUUUUAAAUCCUGUAGAUGUGUCUUUUUAUAUGGGCCUCUUUGAUAUUGUGUCUCCUGUACACCACUUUGUAUUGCCUCGUUGAGAAGUUCUACACAAAUAUACUUGCCUUACAAAGUAGUAUAACAGUUGUUUAAACACAUCCAGCUCCAGAUUCUGCCAUUGUAAUAGCUUGCAUUGUUAUGUUUUCCAUAUCAUUUGUCAGAUGGUAAGUUUUCUCGUAAUGUGGCUUUUUGUUGUUGAUAAAAUGUGAAGUAUUUCACUCUGGGUGAAUACAAUGGUAUAUUUCGUCCGAUUACAAGUUGUAGUUUACAUUGUCAGAAUAUAUCAAAUAAAUAUAAAUACACACUGCCA